ACUUCCUCCGGGGCGCCGAGCGCAGCGUGCAGCCUCCGCCCUAGCGGAGCGGCCGCUUCAGCACCCGCGGGGUGGACAGCGCCCGCCGCCCCCCAGGCGUCCCGCCGCGCCCAGCGCCCGCUCCCGCCCCCGGCCGCGGGGGUCCCGGCCGCGCUCGCCUCCCGCACCCUCCCGCCUCGCUCUCCCUGUUCCCCCCUCCCCUGCCCUAAACUCCCUCCUUUUCAUUCAUAACAAAAGCUGCAGCUCCGGGAGCCCGGCGCCAGGCUUGCUGCGAGCCAAGAGGGGGAAAGAAUGGGAUUUCUUUGGACGGGCACUUGGAUCCUGGUGCUGGUGCUUCACAGCAGCCCCAUUCAAGCGUUCCCCAAGCCCGGAGGCGGCCAAGACAAACCUCUACAUAAUAGAGAACUGAGUGCAGAAAGACCUUUGAAUGAACAGAUUGCUGAAGCAGAGGCAGACAAGAUUAAAAAAACAUAUUCCCCAGAAAACAAACCAGGUGAAAGCAAUUUUUCCUUUGCUGAGAACUUGAACCUGCUAAAGGCAAUAACAGAAAAGGAAAAAAAUGAGAAAGAAAGACAAUCCAUGAGAAGCCCCCCGUAUGAUAAUAAGUUGAGCUUGGAAGAUGUUGAUUCAACCAAAAACCGAAGAGUGAUUGAUGAUUAUGAUUCUACUAAGAGUGGAGUGGAUCAUAAAUUUCAAGAUGAUCCAGAUGGCCUUCAUCAGCUAGAUGGAACUCCUUUAACUGCUGAAGAUAUUGUCCAGAAAAUUGCUACCAGGAUUUAUGAGGAAAAUGACAGAGGCGUGUUUGACAAGAUUGUUUCUAAACUGCUGAAUCUUGGCCUAAUCACAGAAAGCCAGGCACAGACACUGGAAGAUGAAGUAGCGGAAGUUUUACAGAAAUUGAUCUCUAAGGAAGCCAAUAACUAUGAGGAGGAGUCCAACACACCUACAAGCAGGACUGAGAGUCUCGCUGGAAAACUCCCAGGCAAAGUGAUUCCCCCACUCCCCCUGGAGCCUUCCAUGGCAGCCGUUCAGGAAGGUGUUCCUAAUGCGGAGAAUGAUGAGACAGUCUCAAACACCUUAACCCUGGCCAGUGGCUUGCAAAGGAGGACUAAAACCUACAGUGAAGAUGAUUUUGAAGAACUUCAGUAUUUCCCAAACUUCUAUACGCUGCUCAAAAGUAUUGAUUCAGAAAAAGAGGCAAAAGAGAAGGAAACUCUGAUUACCAUCAUGAAAACGUUGAUCGACUUUGUGAAGAUGAUGGUCAAGUAUGGCACCAUAUCUCCGGAAGAAGGUGUUUCCUACCUGGAAAACUUGGAUGAAACAAUUGCUCUGCAGACCAAAAACAAGCUAGAAAAAAACAUCACUGACAGUAAAAGCAAGCUUUUCCCAGCUCCUUCAGAGAAGAGUCAUGAGGAAACAGACAGCACCAAGGAAGAAGCGGCCAAGAUGGAAAAGGAAUACGGAACACUGAAGGAUUCCACCAAAGAGAACUCCAACGCAAGAGGAAAGACGGACAGGGUGAAAGGGAAAACAGAGGCCUAUUUGGAAGCCAUCAGGAAAAAUAUUGAAUGGUUGAAAAAACACAACAAAAAAGGGAAUAAGGAAGGUUAUGACCUUUCUAAAAUGAGGGACUUCAUCAACCAGCAAGCGGACGUGUACGUGGAGAAAGGCAUCCUGGACCAAGAGGAGGCCGACGCCAUCAAGCGCAUUUAUAGCAGCCUGUAAAAAGGGGCCAACGAUCCCACAGGCUUCCCACUGCUUCAGAAAACAUAACCACCUAGCUUCCACACUUCUGAUUCUGUGACAAAGUGAUUUUCACCCAAGGGUUAGUAGAAAGUGCUGCAUUUCCAGUAGCUAAACUCUUAGCAGCGGCUCGACCAUAGCUUCCUUACCACAAAACCUCUCUGAAAAGUAAAGUUGUAUAUAAGCUGA